AUGAAGGUAUGCAUGGAAAACAUAUUUGUACUUUUCACGCUCAUAGCUCUUGACUACGCUCAGCAGAUACCGAUUAAAAACCAUAAAAUACGCGAUUAUUUUGCUGUUGAGAGUGAUCAAGGGCUAAAUGAAAUUCUGGAGCGAUAUCCAUAUUGGCGGUUUGAGCAUAAUGUUCGUGGUCUUGAGAACCAUUACGUGUUCUCCGAGCUAUCUAAUACAACAAGCAAAAGAGGUGAAAAUGUACUGCAAGAUGAAUUUAUUGUAUCUCUUGAGGACUUACCAUCUCGACAGUUGCAAAAGAGACUGCCCAUACCUGAUCCUCCAAUCGACUCAAGUAUGUUGCCUAUUAAAGAUGCCGAGAGUAUUUUGCAAAUAAGUGAUCCGUUGUUUGAAAGACAAUGGCAUCUAAUAAAUCCUUCAUUUCCAGGAAAUGACAUCAACGUGACUGGUCUUUGGUAUGAAAACAUUACGGGGCAUGGCAUUGUGGCAGCGAUAGUAGAUGAUGGACUUGAUUACGAGAAUGAAGAUUUGAAAGAUAACUUCUGUGAAGAAGGUUCUUGGGAUUUUAAUGACAAUACAAAAUUACCAAAGCCAAUACUGAGUAAUGACUACCAUGGUACCCGUUGUGCGGGUGAAAUAGCAGCUGUUAAAAACGAUGUAUGUGGUGUUGGUAUUGCUUAUAAUGCUAAGGUUUCAGGAAUAAGAAUCCUUUCUGGGCAAAUUACGCCGGAGGAUGAAGCGGCUUCAUUGAUUUAUGGCCUUCAUGUUAACGAUAUAUACUCCUGCUCAUGGGGUCCAGCAGAUGACGGGAGACAUCUUCAAGGACCCCCUGAUUUGGUUAAGAAAGCUAUGAUAAAGGGUGUUCAGGAAGGAAGAGAGAAAAAAGGAGCGAUUUAUGUAUUUGCAAGCGGUAAUGGUGGUAUUUAUGGAGAUAACUGCAACUAUGAUGGCUACACAAAUUCCAUCUACUCUAUUACCGUAGGUGCUAUCGAUCACAGAGGUCUACAUCCACCAUAUUCGGAGGGUUGUUCAGCUGUAAUGGUGGUGACAUAUUCCUCAGGUUCAGGAGAGUAUAUACAUUCAACCGACUUGCAUGGAAAAUGUAGUGAUAGACAUGGAGGCACCUCAGCUGCCGCCCCUCUGGCAUCCGGGAUAUUUGCUCUCGUUUUGGAGGCGAAUCCACAAUUGACUUGGAGAGACUUGCAGUAUAUCUCAAUAUUGUCGGCUAAGCAAAUAAAUGACGACACAGGUGAUUGGCAGAAAGGUGCGAUGGGAAAAAUGUACUCUCAUCGCUAUGGUUAUGGAAAACUUGACGCGUACACUAUUGCCAGCAUCGCUAAAGAGUGGAAAAAUGUUAAUCCUCAGGCAUGGUAUUUUCCAGCAACUGAAGAAGUUUCAGGAUUCACGAAUUCAACUUCAGAAACCAUUGAGUCCAUUGUAUCUAUAGGGGAGCAAGAUUUAAGAGAUUCAAAUCUCAAAAGAGUUGAACAUGUUGCCGUGACUGUGAAUAUCGAUGGUAAAAGACGCGGAGACAUAAUUGUGGAUUUGAUUUCACCCCAAGGAAUCGUUUCGAAUUUGGGUGUCUCACGUAGGAGGGAUGAUUCAAACGAGGGCUUCAAAGAUUGGACUUUUACAUCAGUUGCUCACUGGGGAGAAGAAGGUGUUGGUGAUUGGAAAAUGCAAGUCAAAACUUCGCUAGAUGGAAACGAAGUGAGGUUGCAUUCUUGGAAACUAAAACUCUUUGGCGAAUCUAUUGAUGCUUCCAAAGCGAUUGACUAUAAGUUUGGUGACGAUACAUUUGAACCAACGGUGACAUCAUCGGAAGUGCCGGAGCCUACAACAGAAUUAUUGCAGCCUCCAACAGACGUAUCACAAUCUACAAUGGGUGAGUCGCAACCUACAACAGAACCUACAGAGGUCAAUACUAAUUUACCGGUAAUGACGCCAGAAUCGAGCGCAACUAGUGAUUCACCAAGGCCUACUGCCAACCCCGAAUUCGAAGCAUAUCCUUCCAAAAAAAUUGGAGGAUCCACUCAAACAAUGAUCUAUUUUAUUGCACUUCUCGGGCUUGGGGGUCUCGUCCUAAUAUUGUACUUUUGCAUUUUCGUUAAAACUAGGCGUCGAAUUCGAAGAUCUAGGGCAGAAGCAUACGAGUUCGACAUAAUAGAAUCUGACUCAGAGUAUGACUCGACUCUUGAUCAUACUAUUGGAGACAAUUCUGACUUACAGGAAGGGGAAGUUGAGGAUUAUGAUUUUGACUUAUCCGACGAAGAUAACAUUAAUGACGAGAAUACUGAGAAUUCUGGCUUUGGAAUUGAUCAAAUUCUUGAUAAUAGGCAAGAAAUUGGCAAGGAUGAUGAACAGAAUACCUCUUCUCAAACUUAA